CACGCCCUAUCGGCAGAGAACUAAACCGAGAUGGAAUCUCCCAGUCUGAACCGGUUAAAACCGGUUACGAGUUUUGCCGGAGACGCUUUCGGGGUUGCUAGUAGAACACGGCCCUGCUACGAAAACGGAAUUACAGCAAGUUUUUUUUCUUGCAGUAAUCUAUGCCAGCCAUAAUGACAAUGUUAGCAGACCAUGCAGCUCGCCAGCUGCUGGAUUUCACUCAGAAGUUGGAUAUAAAUCUUUUAGACAAUGUGGUGAAUUGUUUGUACCAUGGAGAAGGUGCACAGCAAAGGAUGGCACAGGAGGUCCUAACUCAUUUAAAGGAACAUCCUGAUGCAUGGACCCGAGUUGACACUAUACUGGAGUUUUCACAAAAUAUGAACACCAAAUACUAUGCAUUACAAAUAUUGGAAAAUGUAAUAAAAACCAGAUGGAAGAUUCUCCCAAGAAAUCAAUGUGAAGGAAUUAAAAAAUAUGUUGUUGGAUUGAUUAUUAAGACUUCAUCUGAUCCCGUCAACAUUGAGAAGGAGAAGGUUUACAUUGGAAAACUCAACAUGAUUUUGGUCCAGAUACUCAAACAGGAAUGGCCAAAACACUGGCCAACGUUCAUCAGCGACAUUGUAGGUGCAAGCAGAACCAGUGAGAGCUUGUGUCAGAACAACAUGAUUAUUUUAAAGUUGCUGAGUGAGGAGGUCUUUGACUUCUCCAGUGGGCAGAUGACCCAAGUCAAAGCAAAACAUCUGAAGGACAGCAUGUGCAAUGAGUUCUCACAGAUAUUCCAGUUGUGCCAGUUUGUAAUGGAAAACUCUCAAAAUGCACCUCUUGUUCAUGCAACCUUGGAAACAUUACUGAGAUUCCUAAACUGGAUUCCUCUUGGGUAUAUCUUUGAGACUAAACUAAUAAGCACACUGAUCUAUAAGUUUCUGAAUGUCCCCAUGUUCAGAAAUGUGACAUUGAAGUGCCUGACGGAGAUAGCUGGUGUCAGUGUCAGUCAGUAUGAAGAACAGUUUGUUACUCUCUUCACACUAACCAUGAUGCAACUGAAACAGAUGCUUCCUCUGAACACCAAUAUUCGGGUGGCUUACGCUAAUGGAAAGGAUGAUGAACAGAAUUUUAUCCAGAACUUGAGUUUAUUUCUUUGUACAUUCUUGAAAGAACAUGGGCAACUGAUUGAAAAACGGUUGAAUCUUAGAGAAACUCUCAUGGAGGCUCUUCAUUAUAUGCUACUAGUUUCUGAAGUGGAGGAAACUGAGGUAUUCAAAAUUUGCCUGGAAUAUUGGAACCAUUUGGCUUCAGAACUUUACAGGGAAAGUCCAUUCUCAACACCUGCGUCUCCUGUGCUUUCUGGAAGUCAACAUUUUGAUGUUCCUCCGAGAAGACAACUUUAUUUGCCAGUAUUGUCUAAGGUUCGCCUUCUAAUGGUCAGUCGUAUGGCUAAACCAGAAGAAGUACUGGUGGUUGAAAAUGACCAAGGAGAAGUUGUGAGAGAAUUCAUGAAGGAUACAGAUUCUAUUAACUUGUACAAAAAUAUGAGAGAAACUCUUGUGUAUCUUACACAUUUGGACUACGCAGAUACAGAACGCAUUAUGACCGAAAAACUUCACAACCAGGUGAAUGGUACUGAGUGGUCAUGGAAGAAUCUUAACACCCUCUGCUGGGCUAUUGGUUCAAUCAGUGGAGCUAUGCAUGAGGAGGAUGAGAAGCGAUUUUUGGUCACGGUAAUAAAAGAUUUAUUGGGACUUUGUGAACAGAAGAGAGGCAAAGACAACAAAGCCAUUAUUGCUUCAAAUAUCAUGUAUAUCGUGGGGCAGUAUCCUCGUUUCUUGAGAGCCCAUUGGAAAUUUUUAAAGACUGUGGUUAACAAAUUAUUUGAAUUUAUGCAUGAAACUCAUGAUGGUGUUCAAGAUAUGGCUUGUGAUACGUUUAUUAAGAUUGCCCAGAAAUGUCGUAGGCACUUUGUUCAGGUUCAAGUUGGAGAAGUAAUGCCAUUCAUUGAUGAGAUCUUGAAUAAUAUCAAUACCAUCAUUUGUGAUCUUCAACCACAGCAGGUUCACACGUUUUAUGAAGCAGUUGGUUACAUGAUAGGUGCUCAAACUGACCAAACAGUACAGGAACAUCUAAUAGAAAAAUAUAUGAUGCUACCAAACCAGGUCUGGGACAGUAUAAUUCAACAGGCAACUAAAAAUGUGGACAUUCUUAAGGAUGCUGAAACAGUAAAACAGCUUGGCAGUAUCUUGAAAACAAAUGUUCGAGCCUGCAAAGCAGUUGGUCACCCAUUUGUUAUUCAACUUGGACGAAUCUAUCUCGAUAUGUUGAAUGUAUAUAAGUGCCUCAGUGAAAAUAUUUCAGCAGCAAUUCAGACAAAUGGUGAUAUGGUUACAAAGCAGCCUCUGAUCAGAAGUAUGCGGACUGUUAAGAGGGAAACUCUGAAGCUAAUUUCUGGUUGGGUGAGCAGGUCCAAUGAUCCACAAAUGGUAGGGGAAAACUUUGUUCCUCCAUUGCUUGAUGCAGUGCUUAUUGACUACCAGAGGAAUGUACCAGCUGCUAGAGAACCAGAAGUGCUCAGCACCAUGGCAACUAUUGUGAAUAAACUGGGUGGACACAUCACAUCUGAAAUCCCUCAGAUAUUUGAUGCCGUCUUCGAAUGCACUUUAAAUAUGAUCAACAAGGACUUCGAGGAAUAUCCUGAACACAGAACAAAUUUCUUCCUACUUUUACAAGCUGUAAAUUCUCACUGCUUUCCUGCUUUUCUAGCAAUUCCUCCAGCACAAUUCAAAUUGGUUUUAGAUUCUAUAAUCUGGGCUUUUAAGCACACCAUGAGAAAUGUUGCUGAUACAGGUCUGCAGAUACUUUACACGCUUCUCCAAAAUGUUGCUCAGGAAGAAGCGGCUGCCCAGAGUUUCUACCAAACAUAUUUUUGUGAUGUUCUACAGCAUAUAUUUUCUGUAGUCACAGAUACAUCCCACACUGCUGGGUUGACAAUGCAUGCAUCAAUACUUGCAUACAUGUUUAACUUGGUUGAGGAAGGAAAAAUAACAGUACCUCUGAACCCAACAAAUCCGAUGACUAAUCAGGUGUUUAUUCAAGAUUAUGUGGCGAAUCUGUUGAAGUCUGCAUUUCCACAUCUACAAGAGGCACAAGUCAAGUUAUUUGUAACAGGACUUUUCAGUCUCAAUCAGGACAUUGCAGCAUUCAAAGAACAUCUGAGAGAUUUUCUUGUACAAAUCAAGGAGUUUGCUGGUGAAGACAGUGCUGAUUUGUUCUUGGAAGAAAGGGAGGCUGCUCUACGUCAAGCCCAAGAGGAAAAGCAUAAACUUCAGAUGUCUGUUCCUGGUAUUCUUAACCCACAUGAAAUUCCUGAGGAGAUGUGUGAUUGAGAAAAAACAAACUGUGCUAUGUUCUUUCUGCUGAGCAGCAAUCUAUGCUGCUUUGCAGAAGAUAAUUGCACAUUGGUGUGUGUUGACCAAAAAUAAUGCCAAUAUGUAUAUUAAAUCCUUUGUCACCUAGUGACAGUGGCUCUUUUUACUUAGUAUGCAAUUUGUAUGGAAGUUUCUUGUGUAAUAACAUUUUCCAUUGUUAUAAAUUAAAGUUUGUUUGGUCAUCUUUGUUUAAAUUUGCAUGCAGUUGUAUGAAUUAAAUUUUUUUAAGAUCACUUGUGCCCAAUUUUAUGGUUGGAAGGGGGAGCUAAAAAAAGUGGACUUUGCUUGCAAAGUGUACAAAAUAUAGGAAUUAUUUUCGGUAAUUGAUCAACUUGAUCACCAAUCUCUUAAAUUAGGUGUGUGUUACUUUGUUGUAGCAUAGCCUUUAUUGCAGCCUAGAAAGGAAAGUGGUCUGUGAAGAAUCUGUUGAACAGGUAGCAUGUCAGGCACGUCUAAAGUGCUGCUUUGUCAAAUGUAUCCAUGGGUAGUUGGAAGAAUGGUAAUGCUUGACUGAAUUAAUGCAAUACUAGCCAGAUGAUAGGUUUGCAGCAAGAUCAUGUGCAUAUCAUCCCAGUGUAAAGCAUUUUGAAUGACUUGGGAACACAGUACACUUGGUUAUUUUUUACUAUUUUUUUGUGUAUGUGCUGUCGCUUUGCCGACAACAGCUUUUUGUUUUCCUCAAUGAGGAGUGUUGCUCAUUUGUGAGCCUUCAUCGAUUCUAAGUGAAAGUGGUUAAAUAUUUAUCGAGUUAGCAUAGGCUGCAUCUUUAUAAACAGCUCAUGAAAAUACUGAUGGCUUUUGAGAUGACUUGUACUAAUUUACAUUGUUUACCAUGCUGUAGUGCUUUAAGAACACUACUUAAGAGCAAAAUAAAUUUGGUUUACAUUUAA